CUGCGACCUCACUCCACCAUCAUCCAUUCGAGCAAUGUCAAUAUGCCUCUCGCAGCGCUACGGUCGGUAGCAAAGCCACAAAACGGCGUCGGCGCCUUCAUCCUCCAAUGCAAACGCCUCGACUUCCACUACUGCGACUGGGCCGGCAGCAGUAGAGGCCUCAACGCCUUCAUAAAAUCCCACCUCUCCGCCUUCGCGAAACAAAACCCCUCAAUCGAAAUCACCGUCUCCCCUCGUCCCGGCCGACACCCCGUCAUCACAGGUACCUACAUCAAUGGCCGAACGAAACCCGUCUGCGUGAGAAACAUGGAUCCGAAUGAAAUUAUGCAGAAAGUUUUAUUGCUGAGAAAUGCGAAUGGGGAGAAAUUGAGGAGGGUGACGAAGCCUGUGAAGAGUUUGAAUGAGAGUGUGAGAGGUGUGUGGAGUCCGCAUCAUAUGGAGGUGCCGUAUAAGAUAUGAUGAAUCGGAGGGCGUGUUUGAAGCCCUAUUUCUGGAGCGAGGGGCGACGGAAUUCGGCAUGAGGGAGUCAAAAUGGGCGGCGCAUGGGAGAUGUGGGCGUGCUGGAAGAUGUGUACGCCUGGGCGAAAGGUGUGACAAUCUAGACUGCGGUUUUGGACGUCUCCUUGAUUCGGGCGAAGCUUCAGGAAGUGGGAGAAUGCGAUACGGAUCUGUGGACGUCACAAACAUGCCCCUCCGACGCAGUCCUGUUGUCCAAACCUGACGGCACCCAGCUUCCAAAGCAAGAGGCGAAUGUGCAGGCGAUCCAUUGACGAGCAGCGUAUGCGAGCAGAUCCGAAAGGGCAUCCUCCUGUGGCGAGGGCGGCGCGCACAACUAUGACUAUACACAAGGCCGAGGAGCAGCAUGCGUCUCUCUGGAAAGGCAGAUCUAUGGAGCACGCGGUCAGAUACGACUUUAGAAACGCCAGUCUUGAAGCGCAAAGACCGAAAGCGAAUGAAGC